CUGUGUGACUGAAGCAAUUCGAUAGUACAGGAAAGGUUUUCGUUUUGUUUUAAAACGAAUUGAAUGACUUGCAUAUUUGAAAUCUUUAAAAUUUUAUUUUGCAAACAAACAUAUAUGUUUGAUAUUUAGUUUGGCUAUCCAGCUUUCUAUAAACUGUUAAAAUUUCCUUAAAAAGCAUUGAAUUUAUAAGUUUUGGAUUUAAUUUAAAGAUUUCCGUAAUAAUUCAUGAUUCUGCGUUUUGAAUGAAAUUUUUGAGAGAUAGAUGUUGCCAUAGCUACAGAUUUUUUUACUGUUUCAUCAAAUUUCAAAAUUUACUACUGAAAAACUUUCCAUAUUAACUCAUUUUUUUUUGUCAUCACUAUGAGCAGUUUUUCAAGUGCCGUGCGGGUAGCCACUGUAAAAUAUUCAUCAUCAAAAACAUGUUUUGUCUAUAUACCUGCUGUUUUUUUGAGGCAACCUGGGGAUCUUCAUGUAUUUAAACUUAUUUAUGGCGAUAAUAAAGAAGCUUUUGUGUCUUGUUUACCAUACACAUCUUCAAAUCAUGAUAAACUUCACAUAAAAAUAAAUGCGAAAUUUGCUGACAAAUUGGGUCUGGAAGAAAAUGAAGAGGUUUGUCUACAAUUAGUGACCGACAAUAUCCCAACUGUUCAAGAAUUAACUUUAGAACCAUUAACUUCUGAUGACUGGGAAGUUUUAGAAUUAAAUUCAGCUUACAUUGAAAGAGAUUUAAUGAAUCAAAUUCGUAUUGUAUGGCAGCAUCAAAUAUUACCUGUGUGGGCUAAUAAUUCAACAUUUUUUGUCAAAGUAGCCCAAACCAAUCCACCUUCUAAGCCAGUACUUCUAGCUGAAUUCACAGAAGUUCAUGUUGUUCCUAAAGGAAGAGUUAGUGAAAAAACUCCUGAUAAUCAGAAUGUUGGAAAAAGAACUCCUGAUCAUCUUCAGUUUCAACAUUUGCGAAAUCGCAACAGAAAAAGAUCAUCUCCUCUUAGAAGCACUCCUUACAGAAAUCGACAAUCCUCUGAUGCUAGUUCUUCAAAUCUGGAAAACAAAAGCACCGUUUCUCUUGCUUUUAGUCUAAUAUCUUCACUAUUUCCCGUUGCAAAUGAAACAAAAGACCAAUCCCUUGAUGACAGUUACAGGGAUUUUGUGCCUUUAAACCUCGAUCUUGUCUUGCGUGUUGUGCCUUAUUCCAGACCUCAAAUUAAAUCGUUGCCUUCUGUUGUUCAAGCAACCACAGUAUUCAUCAAUGCUAGUACUUAUGCUGAAAUUUAUGGUCCUGAUGAAAUUCCUCCUUGUUUUGUGGCUAUUUUGCAAAAAUUCUCUUAUCCUGAAAUAGACAGGGAAAAGAAACAGCAAAAGUUGAACAGAGAUCAGAAAAGUGGUAGCUUUAGUGACUCCUCGUCUACGAGCUUAAAUAAAAGCAAAGAUGAAAAAUCUAAGAGUAGAAGCAAUACGAUUACUGAUGAUAAACAACCACUGUUCCAGUCUGUGUGUGUUACAGUUAUGGUUGUAUACUCUUCUGAGGAAGAUGAAUUCAAUUUGCCUCCUUGUCUGUUUCAUUCUAAAAAUCUCGUUGUUGUUCCUAGGGAAUUAAAGAGAUGUUUAAAUUUAGAAGUUUCAUCUUUAGUGCACAUGAAAGGUGUUAAGUCAAAGCCAACUCCUUUAAAUACUAUCAUGCUUCAUCCUGCAAUAAAUAUGCCAUCAAAUACAACCAAUGAAAUUUUAUCUACAAAUUUUCAAAACUGGGCUUUUGGCAAGAAUAGGGAAGAUUCUUCAUUUGUGAUUUCUGAUGGAACUUUGGUCAAUUUAAGACUUUUUGGUCAUAAAUACUUCUUUUUUGUUAGUUUGAGAGAAAACUCCAACCAGACUUUUAAUAGCAGUUAUUCAUCUGUGAAUAGUACAUCACCUAAUGUUUCAGAAGACCAAAACAAAUCUAUUUCUGCUCCUCCUAAAUAUGGUUACCUCACUAUUGAUUGCUUAUCUGAAAUUCAAGUUGUUUUGGGAAAUAUGAUGUGCAUUUCUAUUAUAGCAGAUCGUCCUUAUUUACAAAGUCCUGAGGGUUUAUAUCAAGAACUGCCUGCAUUACAAUUAGAUGCUCUAGGAGGUAUUAAGGAUCUUGCAGAAGAAGCUUUGGAAAAUAUCGAGUUUUGGUUGAAACUUCGGCCAUUAUCUUACAUUUCAAACCAUCCUUUUACAUUUUCUGGUUGUUUAUUAAUCUGUGGUCCUAAAGGAGUUGGAAAAAGUGCUUUUGCUAAUGGAUUAUGCAAAAAAUUAUCAAAGCCACCUCACCAUGUAUUUGUUAAAGUUAUAAAUUGCUUGCCAUUAAAAGGAAAGAGAGUGGACACUAUAGCAAAAAAGUGGGAUGAUAUUGUCACUGAGGCUGUCCUUAAACAACCUUCUGUCUUGCUGUUUGAAGAUUUGGACUACAUUGCAAGUUGUCCUACUUCGCAUGAGCAAGAAAUUGGGCCAGAUGGAGUUUAUUUUUCAAACAUUGUUCAAAGUUUUAUCCAUGUGGUGAAGAAAAUCAGUUUCUCCAAUGGGCGAGUAGCAGUAAUUGUGACCUCUCAAUCCACACAUUCCCUUCAUCCAACACUUGUCAAUACAAAAGGCCGUCAUAUGUUCAACACCAUUAUAGAAAUCCAGCCUCCGAACAUUGAACAAAGACAGGAGAUUUUAAGAUCACUAGUUCUCAGUAAAAGUCAUAUAUCUGAGAAAACAGUUGAUGUAGUAGACUGGAGGAAUAUUGCUACUAAAACAGAAGGAUAUGUCGCUCAAGAUUUAGAUUCUUUAGUUGACAGAGCCACUCAUGCUGCUUGGGUUAGAAUGGCCAAUGCCCCAGGCUUAUCUGAAAUAAUUCUGAAUGUUGAAGACUUUCAAAUGGCUUUAGAGGGAUAUGUCCCCUCUUCUUUACGAGGCAUUCCUUUACAAGUGCAUGAUCACAAGACUUGGAAUGAUGUUGGAGGUUUGAAAGAAGUUAAGAAAACUAUACAACAAAUUAUCAUGUGGCCAGUUAAGUACAAGCCGAUUUUUAAGAACUAUAAUUUAAAACCUCAAACAAAUAUUUUAUUAUAUGGAGCUCCAGGUACUGGAAAGACACUAUUAGCUGGUGUAAUUGCUAAUGAAUGUGGUCUUAAUUUCAUUAGCAUAAAAGGACCUGAACUUUUGUCUAAAUACAUAGGUGCUAGUGAACAAGCCAUCCGUGAUCUUUUUAAGAGAGCAUCUUCUGCUAGACCUUGUAUACUUUUCUUUGAUGAAUUUGAUUCCAUAGCACCUAGACGUGGCCAUGACAGUACUGGUGUUACUGACCGAGUAGUAAAUCAAUUAUUAACACAACUGGAUGGAGUUGAAUCAUUAGAGGGUGUUCAUGUCAUUGCUGCAUCCAGCCGUCCAGAAUUAAUAGAUCCUGCCUUACUUAGACCUGGACGUUUAGACAAAUGCCUGCUUUGUCCUCUACCUGAUAAGGAUGAGAGGUUAGAAAUUUUGCAUUGUCUUUCAUCAAAGUUAUCUAUGAGUUAUGAUGUUGAUAUGGACUAUAUUGCCUCCAAAACUGAACAUUUCUCGGGUGCUGAUUUACAAGCAUUGCUUUAUUCCGCUAAUAUAGAGGCGCUACAUGAUACACAAAGUUUCUCAAACAGGCGAUACUCAACAAGUUCUGAUGAUAUGACCUAUUCUAAUGCAAGUGACAAGUUACUCUACAUGCCUACUAUACAAGAUGGAUUGGCUGUGCCUACUUACGAAGAUGGACAAAAGAUAGUACAAGAAGUCUCUGUUAUCAAAGAAAACUACUGUGGUAUUAUUGAAAGAAGGAGCUCAAAUAGUCGUAGCAGCGUUCUUGAUAUUCUGAUUAGUCAGAGACACUUAUUAAAUAUUUUGGAUGAUAUGAAACCUUCCGUUUCACCACAAGAGAGAUUGCGCUAUGAAACAGUGUUUAAAGAUUUCAAGAAUGUUUUAAGUGGUGAAGCAGUAACAUCUUUGGUAGAGAAUGUUAAAAGAGUGACUUUAGCCUAAUGUGCCUUGAUCUACGUUUUCUGAUCUUAUUUAUUGAAAUAAUACUUAAUUAUUUGUUCAAAUAUUUUUAUGUAAAUAUAUUUUGUCUGUGAUUUUCUUUGAGGAACACAAUUUUGUGUUCUUUGAUUUAACAGAUUUUUAAAAGAUUAAUAAAUAUUUUUGUAUGUCG